GAGGGGGCGGGCGAUCUCCGGACACCAGAGGCGGCUCCAUUGUGGUUCAGUGCAAACAUGUUUUUGAUAGCAGUAAUGGAGAAUUGGAAGACUGAUUAUUUCACAUAUUAAAAUGGAUUGUUUACCAGUAGAGUAACUAAGGUGCAGACAACAAUUUUGGCUUAUGCGUCUACAUAAAAAUGAGUGAAGUACAGGCUAUGGUAGAAUUCUCCGUGGAGCUCCACAAAUUCUACAAUGUGGAUUUGUUUCAAAGAGGUUUUUACCAGAUUCGUGCAUCUAUGAAAAUUCCUCCAAGAGUUCCGCACAAAUUAGAAGCCAGCUUGUUACCUGUGACAGGUGCUGAUCUUGCCUUUCCAGCUUCAGUCCAUGACAAUGUAAUUUGCAGUAAAACAUUUCAAAUUCUGUACAAAAAUGAGGAGGUUUCUGUGAAUGAUGUUAUGAUCUUCAAAAUUAAAAUGCUCUUAGAUGAACGGAAGAUUGAAGAAUCCCUUAAUGAAAUGAAUUUCCUGCUAUCCUUAGAUCUAUACUUCACAGACACAGAUUAUUCGCCAGAUGAUCUGAGCACACUGCAACUAAUUAGUAGCCGAACUUUAAAGUUGCACUUUAGCUUACACCAGGGCCUUCAUCACUACGUCAAUGUUAUGUUUGAUUACUUCCACCUCUCUGUCAUAUCUGUUACAGUCCAUGCUUCUUUGGUUGCUCUACACCAGCCAUUGAUAAGCUUUCCUCGUCCCAUGAAGAAUACUUGGUUAAACAGGAACACACCAGCACAGAACAGGGACACUGUGAUUCCUACUCUUGAAAGUGUGGUCUUCGGCAAUAACUAUACAAAACAAUUAUCAGCAGAUGGUUGCAGUUUUGUGAUUGCGGAGUCCUUCCUGAAUCAUGCCUACAAUCUCCACUAUACACUUUGUGCCAGUUUGCUGCUUGCAUUUAAAGGGUUACACGGCUAUUUCAUCAUGGUAGCAAAGGAACUCCCCUCCUCUCACCGAAUAGAACUGGCCAAGGCCAGCAUGCAGGUCCUUUAUGAACGCCUUCUCAGAAGAAAAUAUCCACGAACCCAGAGAGACGCCUAUCUAGAGAACAUAGAUGUAGAAGCUCGCCUUACAGAACUGUGUGAAGAAGUAAAGAAAAUGGAAAAUCCUGAUGAACUGGCAGAACUUAUAAACAUGAAUCUUGCACAGCUUUGCUCUCUUCUGAUGGCUCUGUGGGGGCAAUUUCUAGAGAUCAUUACCUUGCAGGAAGAAGUCACAGCAUUACUAGCACAAGAACAUCACACAUUGAGGGUACGAAGGUUUUCCGAAGCAUUCUUUUGUCUUGAGCAUCCAAGGCAAGCUGCUCUUGCAUAUCAAGAACUACAUGCUCAGAGUCAUCUACAGAUGUGUACAGCUAUCAAAAACACCUCCUUCUGCAGUUCUCUUCCACCUCUUCCUAUUGAAUGCAGUGAACUAGAUGGAGACCUGAACUCAUUACCUAUAAUCUUUGAAGAUCGGUAUUUAGAUUCCAUUACUGAAGAUUUGGAUGUACCCUGGUUGGCAGUUGAAAAUCUUCAGAGGUCAGAGUCCAAUAAGCUGGAUAAAUUUGAGGCCGAAGAAGGUUUUGUAGCUGGUGUUUCUAGCCCAGAGUUGAAAAUCAGACCUGCAGGUGCCUCCAACAUUUGGCAUUCAGAAAGUGAAAAGCAGCUAACAAAGUCUUUGAAAGGGAAAAAUGAAGAUGUAAACAAAUCCAAAGUUAAGGUUACUAAACUAAUGAAAACAAUGAAAACUGAAAACACAAAAAAAAUAGUAAAACAGAACUCUAAGGACUCUGUGGUCUUGGUAGGCUACAAAUGUUUGAAAAACACAGCACCAGAGGACGUCUCUAAAUGCUAUGAAGGCAGGCCUUCAUCUCAUCAGAAAGGACUGGAUCCUGCAAUAGGUGGCUUUGCUUGUGACACAAGGACCUGCACGAGGCAAAUAAGUCAAAAAGAACUUAGAUGUGUGCCAUCUAGAACUGAACAAAAAUCUGCCCAAACUGACCAUGUUCAGCAAAGCCAGUGUAGUCCUGUGGUCUCUCAUUGUGCAAAUUCCACCAUUUUUGGCAGAGUUAAUAUCUCCCAGGCAGGUACUGGAGUUACACAGGUGGAUAGCAUCUUGACACCUACAAGCAUAGUUGAAGGUUGUCCUGGCUGUCAGCCAACUUCAUCAGGAAUGAGGACAAUUGAGGUCAAACCAAGUAACAAGAAUCCUUAUGAAGGGGAGAAAGUGACUGUUCGUAUUGGAUCCUGGGCAGAAUUUCUGCAAGAUGGAGAGAAUUUACAGGUGCCCAACUUUCAGACUGCAGAAUCUGGAAGUAAAGCUAACUCGGGGGAACAGGUACUGGUGCUUGAAAAGGAUGAUGUGCAAGAAACGAACUUCCAACAUACUGGAGAUGCAUUGACAAGAGUAAAAAGCAAUCAUUCUGCUCUUUCUACAAAAGAGACUCAUGUUGCCAUAAGUGGAGACACGAUUAAGUUACCAGAUGUUAGUGUCACUUAUGCCUCAUCUAGGUUUUCAGAUUCAGGUGUAGAAAGUGAACCAAGCUCUUUUGCAACACACUCCAACCCUGAUGUGUUUUUUGAACCCAUUCAAGGGCAAAGUGCUUACAACAGUGAAAGACUAUUUCCUCAGCUUUUACUAAAACCAGAUUACAUAAAAAAUGCAAUAGAAAGCUAUUGUACUGAGAGUACUAGUGCACUGAGUGAAAUACAAUCAUCCCUGACAUCCAUAAAUUCUCUACCGUCAGAUGAUGAUGAGCUUUCACCUGAUGAAAAUUCAAAGAUAUCACUUGUACCUGAAUGCCAACUAAGUGACAGCAAAACUAUAUUAGAUCUGGGAACAAUUGAUUUGCCAAAAUGUGAUGACAGUAAAAAAUCAAAUAUCAUUUUACAGCAACAGUGUGUUGUAUUUUCAGGGUAUUCGGACAAUGAAACUGUCUCUCUACAUUCCUCACUUUCAAACUUAAAAGAUUCUUUACAGUUAGUUGCUUCAGAUGAAGAUAUAUCUACUGAGAUGAAAAGUUACAGCUCACGUGCAAACUUUGACACAGUUUUUAAGGACUCUCAAAGCCUUGAUAGGCAACAGAACACUACAGAAGGAGCAACUGAAUUACAUUCAGAAGUUAUUUAUCUGGGAGAACCAUGUGUUGUUUCAGGUUCAGUAUCUAGUAAUGCUAAGUGUAAUGUAGAGAAAACAAAUGAGGGACAACAUAACAAACCUCUAGAAUUAAGGCAAACAAUUGAGGAACUGCCAACAGUUGAAAGUGAGACUCACCCAGAUGCAAAUCAUCUCUCAUCAACCAGCAGUAUCGAUAUUGUGAAACAAGGUCUUGUAGAAAACUACUUUGGCUCUAGAAGCAGUACAGAUAUUUCUGAUAUUUGCCCUACUGACAACAGCAAUCCUGAUAGUCCUCAAAAGGAAACAUCUGAAAAACAAACGGUUGGCUCUUCACAACAGGAGGAUGAUGAUGAUGAGGAGCAGGAUCAAGAAAUGGUUGAAAAUGGGUAUUAUGAGGAAACGGAUGAUAGUAAUAUUUUAGAUGGAGAUACAAAUGCUGACUUUGAGCAGAAUCAUGGUCUAAUGGAAGAAAAAGCUUUGAGAUCUGAAAGGAUUGACAGCGAACAUCUAAGGGAUGGAAUGAAUAUGGCUCCUAUCUGUACUCCUGGUUGUUUGUCUUUUCCCUCUGUGCUGAGAGACUCUCCUUGCAGUGUUAUAUGUUCUUCAAAAAGCAAAUCUGAUGCAAUAACAAAACAGCCAGGCAGCACAUCCUGCAGCUCAGCUUCAUCUGUUUCCUGGUAUGAAAGCUCCCCCAAACCUCAAAUGCUAGCUUUUCUCCAGGCUAAAGAGGAAUUAAAGCAACUUAAACUCCCUGGAUUUAUGUAUAGUGAUGUUCUCAGACUGGCUUCGUCAGCACCUUAUUUCAGGACAGAAGAGGAUGAAGGUUCAGAAGAUGGAAUACAUCUCGUAGUCUGUGUUCAUGGCCUAGAUGGUAAUAGUGCAGAUCUAAGAUUAGUGAAGACUUACAUUGAGCUUGGACUACCUGGAGGACGAAUAGAUUUUCUUAUGUCUGAGAGGAACCAGAAUGAUACCUUUGCUGAUUUUGAUUCCAUGACUGAUCGCCUUUUAGAUGAAAUAAUACAAUAUAUUCAAAUUUACAACCUAACAAUUUCAAAAAUCAGUUUUAUUGGACAUUCGCUGGGCAAUUUAAUAAUCCGUUCAGUGCUCACAAGACCUCGAUUUAAAUAUUACCUCAACAAACUUCACACCUUCCUGUCUCUCUCUGGACCACAUCUUGGUACCCUCUACAACAGCAGUGCUCUUGUUAAUACAGGUCUCUGGUUUAUGCAGAAGUGGAAAAAGUCGGGUUCUUUAUUACAAUUGACAUGUCGAGAUCAUUCAGACCCGCGGCAAACCUUCUUGUACAAACUUAGUAAAAAAGCAGGUCUUCAUUACUUCAAAAACAUAGUGCUAGUGGGAUCCCUGCAGGAUCGUUAUGUUCCUUAUCACUCUGCUCGCAUAGAGAUGUGCAAAACAGCUUUGAAAGAUAAACAAUCAGGACCAAUUUAUGCAGAAAUGAUCCAGAACCUGCUUCUGCCAGUUCUUCAAAACAAGGAAUGUAAUUUGGUCCGUUACAAUGUCAUCAAUGCAUUGCCCAAUACAGCCGAUUCUCUCAUAGGGAGAGCUGCACACAUUGCUGUUCUUGAUUCAGAAAUAUUUUUAGAAAAGUUCUUUCUGGUUGCUGCCCUAAAAUAUUUCCAGUAGAAGAAAAGCAUUGUAAGAGACUUGACUAUUACCUCAUUAACAGAUGAAUCAAAUAAUGUGUGGUAUUGAAGUAUAGCUGCAGCUGUAUUUUAAGAGAUAUUUAUACUUUUGUAUGGAAGAUAAUUUAUAUCAUCCAU